AUGGACGCAUUCUCCCGGGAGGCGUUGCUCGCCGAGCUCGAGAUGAAGGAUGACAUCAUCGAGCAGCUCCGCAAGGUUUGCCAGGGAGUUCAACUUAGAACCUGUGUGGUCUUCAGUUUGAUAAGGAAGUUAUGAAUGUUGGAACCCAGGUUUCUGGACAGUGCAAACCGAAACUCUCUUCCUACAUGAAUCAUUUUCUUGCAAAGAACAUGUAAUUCAGAAAAACUUUUCAAGGAUCAAUUGGAGUUUGAUAAAUAAAAUUUCAAUUUUAUUUAAACUAAUAAAAACAGUUCAUCUGUACUCAGAGUAGGAAACCAAAGAGGAUGAGAAAAUCCCCAUUUCUUAUGCAUGUAGAAUUUCAGUUCAUGUAGUAAAUUUUUAUACAAACUUUCGUUAAAAACAGAUGACUGCCAUGAAAUUUUAACGUUUCAAAAAGUUUGAUGCAAAAUUCUCCAUUACAAAUUAUUGGCCAUCGCUAUUAGGAAUUUCUGGGCCCUCUUUAACUUCGGGUUAAUUUAAGUAAGUAAAAAUACUUAUGGUUGUUUCUUACGGGAAAAAUAAGCCGAAUCGAAAACAAGUUCUGAUGAAAACUUGGCAGUCUUGCAAAUAUUGACGCCAAGACAUAACUAAUCCAAGAAAUAGUCGUCUUUGUGUGUAGUCUGGCCAUUAUUUAAGAUUUUUCAAAAGUUCAACAAAAUUUUUCAAAUUUUUCGCAGUGAAAACAAACGCGUCCGAUUAGUAGGAGUGAAGUGUUUUUGCAUGUUUCAGAAAAGGCUUAAAACUUUCAAAAAACGUUGCUCCUAGACAAACUUUUGCCCUUUCGACGACGUAAUGGUCUCGGUCUGACCAGGACAAAUAAGCUCGGAGUUUCCGCCUCAUUCCCAGAAAUGAUGCAAAAAUGAAAAUAAAAGAUAACUUGAAAUUUUAUCGGGAGAAUAAAAAGAGAAUAAAUAAUCCCGUUCAAGUCAAAAAAUAUAAAAUAUAUUGAAGCUUGAUUGUUGAAAAAGCUAUACAGGUCAUAGAAAAGUAAUUUACUAAAAGUCAGGCUCACUUUAAAUAUUUUCUUCUGAACAAGAGAUCUCAAGACUGAUUAGAAAGUGGAAAAAAUCAAAAUCAAAAAUAAAGGAACCGAAAAUUUUUAUUUCAGUCCGCGGAAGCUGUUUCUGUAUACUGCUUUCAAAAUAUGACUUUGAUAAGCUCAGAUUUUUUAAUUCUGAUUUAGAACAAGAAAGUAGGGAUAACUUCGAUAUUGGUGAAGGAUCGAGAAUGAAAAAGGAUCAAAAGGGGAAAAGAUGCGAGCCAGAAAAAAGUCUCAGACCAUUAGAAUAUGAAUAAACUGAUUGAAUUUGAAGUAAACUACAAUUACAAGUAAAUUACAGUGAACUGAAAGUAAAACUCAGGAAUUGGAGCAGUACCGGAUGCAGAAUAUGUCUCGAAAGACGGCCAUUUCGUCGGAACCCGAUGCCGUCGUCCAAAGGACCAUCAUCGGCAAGAGCGAAGAGUUAGUUUCAAUAUCUUUCUUUGGGAUAAGUUUUAUCGUGAACUUUCUCAAAAUUUCUUCUUCCUCAUCUUAUAAAAAAAAAUUAGAUUAAUAGUAGUUUUUUUUCAUCGCAUUAGAUACGUAUCGAUACGUUUCUGAUUGUUUUCGGAUGCCGUGUAAAUCGUUUGGACUAAAUUUUCCGUGCACGAAAUUUAUAUUUACUUGAGAAAAAAAUUUCAAAAAAAAAAAUGAAAUGAACGUCACUCGCCGCAAACGGAUUACCGCCGUGCAUUGUUCCGUGCUCCGCCUUGAAAAAAUUUCUCAAAAACCGUUCCUCUCAAAACUUUUCAUUCGACUUCAAAAGCCUCGUGAUGAAAAGUGCUCGCCGCUUCCGGGAUUUUCGAUUCCUCACUGCGAAAUAUGUUCCUAUCAGGUCUGAUUUGAAUAGAAAUUCGCGAACGGAAGCUGUUGGUGGGUGUGAAAAAUUUGCUGCUUUUUGAUGAAAAUAAAAUCGACAUUAGGGGUACUGUAUAUGUGGGCGCACUUUCAGGAACCACUGGCAUUUGAUUUGACGCACAUUUGAAAAUUUUUAGAAAAUUUUAUGCCGUGCUCAAAUUUGAGAGUGAUUUCCUCGAAAGGCAAUAAUUAUCUCUGACACUCUAAAUUUUACUUAAUUUUUUUCUUUUUUCUGGCGGCUAUUUUGGAUUGCGGAACCACUUUGAGCAGGGCAUUAGCAUCUACGAUGAAAUCUUCAAUUUAGUUUUUUUUUUUACGAUUUGUGUUUCGUCAAAUUAAACCGGAAAAUCCGGACAGGUGUCGCUAUAUAGCCGAUACCUAGUAUAGUUGAACUGGGUUAGAUAUCGGCUAUAUAAUCGCUAGGGAUGAAACAGCAUGUUCGCGACAGAAUAAGCACAUUGGUAGCCGUUCAUAAACUGUAGCUAUUCAGCCCAAGUUGGUUUUAAGCGAGGUAAUGGCAGCUACGGUUUUUCGGUUUGUCUACUGGGGGUUUUUUUUUUAGAAUAGUGCACGUUUCUCAGUCGUUUUAACUUGAGACUUUCGACUUUUAGUCGUUCUUCAGACUUUUUUUCUCUAAUUUUCUUUUUCUUCGUAACUUUUGCAGCUUCCGUCACAAGCUGAAAAGAAAACAAAGCGUUUGCAACUUUUUAAGCGAUAAACUAUUUUCCCUGUUCAUCGAUGAGAGCUUUACAGAGCGUUUCACAAUAUUGAAAAAGCCCUUCGGUCAAAUGCAUUUCUGAGGAACUUGGACUCCACCCAAAUAGAAAAAAUCGCUUCCGCCAUGUACCCCGUCGAGGUUUUCUCAAGUUGAAUGGCUUUAUGUAGAUUCGAGUUUUUCAGGUUCCUCAAGGGGCAACGAUUAUAAGGCAAGGAGACUUGGGGAGCAUCAUGUACGUUAUACAAGGUGAGCUCGUUGAAUUUUCCGUGAAGACCUCCUAAACAGUCUAGAUACGAAUUUUCAAUUUCCGCGUUGAGUUUUUUUUAAUACUUUUCAUAAAUGUUAAUUAAUGAAAACGUUCAAAACCUCGGUUUUCUAUUUUAUACCUAAAUAGUUGUAUAUUUUCAUACAGACGGAUCUGUGCAAGUUAUGAAAGACAAUCGUUUCGUCCGCACCAUGCAGCCAGGACAUUUGUUCGGAGAACUUGCGAUUCUGCACCAUUGCGAGCGCACCGCCACUGUGAGAGGUAUUCAAACUAGAAAUAAAAUGAAUUGUUGCUCGAAAAACUUGAAAAAGUAUUUUUUUAUAAAAAAAUAUAUUUUCGAAGCUUUAUAAUUUUAUUUUUUUGGUUUUUUUAAAUGAAAUAAUCGUAAAUUUCACAGUUUGAAAAAAAGUCAACAAGUCGAAAAAAACAGGAUAAAUCUCCGAUUUGCCCAGCUAGGAAUAGGUUAUUACUUUGAUAGUAGGAAACUUUCAUUUAAAAUGUAAGAACAUUAAAAAAAAAGUUUGUUUCUAGUUUUCUGGAGCGUUGACUCCGAUUCUCUUCCAUCAAAAUUCCUUUUCUUUAUAAUCUCAAUGUCAAAACACGUAACUUUCAGCUAUUUGGCCCUGCAAACUGUGGGCAAUCGAACGAAAUGUCUUUCAUUCCAUCAUGAGGGAAUCUGCACGCGAGAAAACCAACAGUUACAAAAGACAACUGAAAUGGUCUGUUUUUGAACGUUUGAGAGCUUCAGUUGAAUAGUGUAGCUUGCCGUCGAAGACUUUGUACUCUUAAUAUCAUCAAUGUUGAUGUUUUCGAACUGUGUUUGACGGUUUUUCCAUUUUUCUCAAAGGUUAAAAAUAGCGGUUUAGAUAUGUUCGCAGGAUUUCUCGCAAUAGGAAAGAAAACUGACCGGAAAAAAAAUUUUUCUGUCUAUGAAAAAACUAGUUUGUAUAGUUCGAAAAAAAAGCGGAGAGUAGAACCAAUAAAUAACUUCAAUAUUAUUUUUGAAAUGAUGGGAAAAAUCAAUGUACUUGAUUAUAUGCUAAAUUAUCAUUAUAUUUAAAGAAAAUUCUCGAAAAAAUGGUGAUAUGACGUGAUAAGCGAAGAAGUUUUGCACAAGCAUUAGACGAGUUUCAAAAAUUUUUUGUUAACAAAACUUUUCCAAAAUAUUUCAAAGCACGGGUUCGUCCCAGAGAGUUGUUUCAAGCGUUAAAUCAAAAAUUCGAUAUAAAUUCAUAAGAAAAUGAUAAACGGAUGAAUUCGAGGAAUUCCUCAGGUCGGCGCGGUUCGGCGGCUACUCUGACGAGUUUUUGCUGCGGGUCGCCGAGGUCUGCGCCGAGUCGCAGCAUUCCGAAGGGGACCGCAUCUCGGUCAGACCGCAGUACGUCUACCUCGUCAUUCGCGGCGUGGUUAGAUCCUUUUUUCUCGUUGAAGGCGGAAACGAAAUCUCAACAGAAAAUAGAGUUAAAAAGUUGUCUGGCGUGAUUUCAAACAGGGAUGCACGAGACACGAUCUCGUCUCGAUAUUUUUCGAGAUAUCUCGAGACGAAAUCUCGUCUCGAGAUUCUGUUUUUCGAAGAUGUCACAAAACUCCUCGGAGUCGUUUUCAAUUUUUUAAGACGAUGAUUGAGUCGCUUUAGAACACUUUUUCUAUCUUUGAAAGUUGCUGCUCACAUACAGAUCACCAAAACUUAUUCUCAGACAGGAAAUAUAUUCAACCUUUUUUUUUUCGUCGAAAGUUUAAAAAAUCCAAAACAUUUAGGAAAUUCUAAGUCACUGGUCAUUUAUGGUUGCGUUAUUUCGAGAUUUAUUUUUAUCUUCAUUUCUCAAAAGUUAGUGCCACCGUCGUUAAGAUGAGAAGCCAAAAUUGAAAGAAAACAGCCGAGAAAUUGAUCCUCAGUUUUUGAUUCAUCCCUAUUCUGAGCCAUUCGAAGUGCUUAUAAUAGAAGUCAUCCAGGCCGUCAUCGCUAUGGAAAGGAGUCGUAGAAAGGUAUGCCUUAUAGUGUCAUAUCUCUGUCGUAAAAUUCUCCAAUUGUUCGAUUUUUUCAUUUGUUUUAUUUGAAAAAAAGCCGAAUUUCCCACUCAUUUUCAAUAUUAAUUUCCUGGUUUGGUUUAUUUUAUCUGCGGGUCCAAAGUGUCUCUGGCCACGAGUGGAAUCCGAAGGGACGGUACCCGAGAGCACAACCGAUAGCGACGGCUUAGCGGCUUAUUUUGGUGCUUUGAUUUUGUCACCGUCUUUCGUCCUCUUCUCAUUGGCAUUUAUUUGGACGAGAAGAAAAAUUUGAAAGAAUUUUGAAAAAGAGAAAAAAAAAACUGAAACUAUGAAGACAAAUUAACAAUUGGCUGAAAUUGGAGGUCCAGACGGCCAACUUUUUAUGCCUCGGAUUAUAUUUUUUGUACAAAGUGCCGUCAUUUGUCUGGUGAGUAAACCUCAUCGUAUGAUUUGAUUUAUAACUUGAAGAAAAAUUUGGAGUGUGUGAGACAGUAAAUAUGUGAUGAGAGAUGGUUUUCUCGAAACCGGAAUUAACGUUAUUUUGUUUGGUUUUUCGUAACUUUUGAGAAUAAAGAAAGUGAAGCAAGUUGAUCAAAAUAAUGAGUGAAAGAGGGAAAAAAAUAGCUACAUUUGGCCGUGCUGAUGAUCAUUUUGCUACUCUGAAUGAAUUUAACUUAAUUAUUUCUUUCAUAAUGAAGGUUUACUAUAGGUUUAUUCUAUUCGGAUUAAAAACAGAAAAUAGAUAGAAACUUCGGAAAAAAAUAAAAUUAAACAGGGACCAGAAAUGAAAGUUUUUAAAAAAAUUAGUUUAAAGAGUCUGCAGUUUUUUUUCGCUCAUUCUAUCCUUCUUUUAAUACCUCAACUAUGUGAACAUAAGCCGCAGCGAAAACUUUUGCAUCGUGACCAUUUGGAACAUUGUUAAACUUCUGUGUUUAGGUUAAUGAGUAUAGUCAUGCACUGUUUUUAAGUUCGAGUGACGGAACUCGAAGUUCAAUUCCCUUCCUAUCAGAAAAGGCAAAUCAUUCACACUUGACUGCUCCCGUCGAGAAAGUGUGGAAAUGAUCUGUCCCGCCAUUCGGGCGCCACUUACCAUGUUCUCUCAAAAAAACUUCUGUGAAAAUCACGUGAACGCGAACGCGCCCUGCGGCACAGCUGCGGACUAGUCUUUACCGUAUUCUGCGCACAUUUCAUCCGCAAUCUAUCUCUCCUGUUUACUUUUGUGCUGUUAUCGGAAAAGGAGGUUCAGAGUAGACGUGACUAUGGCGAUUGAUAAAGCUAGUUCUUGCAUAGGCGAUACGGUUUCAUUAGCAGGUGAUGUGGUCUCAUUGGCUCUAUGGCCGUUUUUUGAAUGAGGAUAGUCAGAGAAAAUUCGUGGAAAAAAGGAUAAUUUUUUUUGUUACCUACUCGCCAAGACACGAAAACUUCUGAGUGUGCCCUAUUUUUCCUCGUAUUCAAGGUCUUGGAAAAAUAAGAAUAAAUCAGUAGGUGUUAAUAAAAAAUGGUGCAGACAAGCUAGACAGUUAAGAGCCGAGGCGAACGAAUUAUACUCAAAGACUUGAAUAUGGAAAAAUUCCUUAUAAUUUCUACUCAAAAAGACUUUGUAAACAAGUCAGAAUAGGACAUUUCAUCGAAAAAAAGCGCAUUACGUGAUAGAUACCACUUCCGCCCAGGCUUGUGCGAGGGCCGACCCGUCACCCUCCCGGCCCCCCGACCAUUUCGUAAGCCCGGCCCGGCCCGGCCUUAGAGGGGCCUCAAGAAAAAAAUGGCCCGCCCGGCCCGAAGCGCGCAAUUUUUUUCUAGUCGGAUAUCAAGUUUUUACGACAAAAAUUAUUUUUUUGCUCAUUUUUUUCACUUAAAGUUUAAUAAAAAAACUAUGAUUUCAGAAGUAAAAGUCACAUUUCGGUGAAAAAUUUUUUUCAAAUGAAAUUUUUAAAAUUUUUUUGAAGCCCGGCCCGGCCCGAGCCCACGCGGGCUUUUUCUUGAAAAUAAGGCCCAAAGCCCAGGCCAGGCCGCCCGGCCUGACGCACAAGCCUGCUUCCGCCUCAACCGAUCGGUCAGUACUACUGGUUCCUUGUUCUCCUUCUUCAGAUGUUGACCUGGGCCAACGCCUUUCAGUGAUAAUCCUGUUGUGUAAGUGUGUCCUCCCUUCAAAUUGAUUCGAUCUAAUUUGUGUAGAAUGGAAAAGAAUCACGUGAAUGAAAAACUUUACGCAGUUUUUUCUUCUUUUUUUCGACUGGAAAUAAUUUGAGUUGGUCCAAUAAUUUUUCAUCUAUAAGUGAAAACAAUUUCGGAUGUCGUUUUUUUAAGUGGGGACUUAUUUUGAAAUAAGGAUUGAAUUGAUCGAUCAAACUUCCCACAUAAUCAAGCUCAACAUUCUUUGCUCCAGAGCUCAAAACGUCUUGAAAUCAGGCGACGGCGUCACGCGUCACCCAUUCAUCAAUAAUCCCUUUGUUGCGCUUCACAAAGUUCAGAACAACGGAGUUCCGCAGUGCAAGAAUUUGUACUCAAUCUGUACCCAUGGUUGAAGACUUGUUUCAUCAUUUUUGCUCUGAUUGAGCAGAUAUUCCUGAAGGGCCAACAAUCAAAAAGCUCAUUUGAAAACGGCAAUUUUUGAUAUAGUUUUUUUUUUCGAAAAAGAAAAUGGAGUCAUAGACGAAUCGAAAAAGGGUAUCGCGAGACCCUUUGAGUAUAUCGCAUGCUCUGAAGUCUCACGAUGGUACCUCGAGUCAACCUUUGAGGAUUUUGAGCAAACUGAGAGAGGUUUGAAAGAGACUCUAAAGUACCUCCGAGAUGGCUCAGAUAUAGCUAAAAGGUAUGCCGGAGGUCUCACGAUGGACACAUUAUGGUACCUUCUCGAUUUGCCUUUGGUCAUAGUCGUUCAAGAAAAUAUUUUCGCCCGCUGAAAAGAAAGAUAUUUCUCUCAUAGGUCAUUUUCAGUUAACUUAUACUUGCAAAACAGGCGGUACUUUGAUUCAAAGUACUCUUGUACCUACAGAACAAAGACUACUGUUUCAAUGUAUUUUGAUCAUAAAAGAUGGGAACGAAAGGACACGUUGUCGUCAAUUUUGCAGCCAACGCUGCCUCGACUUUUCGCUUUUCCCUGUUUUUCAGUUUCCGCCACAUUUUGUUCGUUUAGCGAUAACAGAACGCUCAAACAAGUCUUGUGUCACGAGUCCUUACCUUUUAACAACAGAUAACAAUCUUUUCAGUAGGUCUCUCUGAAAGCUGCAAGUUGCCACGGUUACUGUCAAAAUGUGUUGACUCCUUCAAGAAACAUUUUAGUUUCUCAUUAACUUUUUUUUUAUCAAAUUCCGUUUAACAUAAGAAUAAAAAAGAGUGUCUAAAUGAAAAAGGCUUAAAUUAAAAAAUAAUGAAAAGUAUUUAAACGUUUCAAACCGCGUUCAAUGCUAUAGGUAUGAGAAAAACUGCAAUAAAAAACAAAAGAAAAAAAAAAAUUAUUUUUUGCCUCUUUAUGAAUAGUAUUAACACUUUGCCGAUCAGUUUUGCGUGCCUAUCUUUUAUUUUAGAAAAUUUUCGGAACUGUUUUACAACGGAACAAAACAGCUUGAACUCGUUUUUCCUAUUUAUUCUGAAGUCUAUCGGGUCUAUGGCAGUGAUCAGUAGGAAAAUUUUAGUCUGUAUCAGUGAUCACUUUGGAAAAUAUCUUAUUUGUGGAUAGUUCGCGUGAUUUUCAAAGUUUCAUCCGCUGUUUCGCAUCUUUUUUGUUUUUCACCGAAAAAAACCAGAUUGGUCUGUCUGAACGUCGAUUUUUGUCAAUAAAUCACUGGUUGGCGGGCUGUCGUUAUCAUUUUUGCACGUUAAUCAGUUACCUGCGUCUCUGACACUAUUAAUAGGCGGUUUUGGUGAUUGAAGUGCAGAGCGACGAGACUGUUGUCUUGGCGUAGUCAUUGCGUUUCCCACGGCGGCGCCACGUGAUUCGGCGAUUGAUAGAUGAGGGUUCAAAGGUUCUUGAGAGAUUCUGACACCGAGGAACUGAACUCCGGAAGGGCCUGUUCAGGUGCGCCUCUCGGCUGAGAAAUCAAGACAGUGAAAAAUCUAAAUUUCUAGUAUAACCCGCAUUAUAAAGGUUUUGUUAAUUUUUUAUAAACUUUCGAGUGUCCUAUUCAUAAAAACCUGUAUUUGUUUUUGAGAAACGAAAAAAGGAAAACAAGUUUAAUGACGAAAAACGUCAAAAUUUUGGUGUGAAGUAGUUUCAGAUUGAAUUUUAACUCUCUCUCUCUCUAUGUGUUCGACCUCAGGAGACGAAUUCGCAGAAAAAAUUUUGAACUUUUUCACGUGAAUUAAAUUGAAGUUAUUUCGUUUGGUCACAUAUUUAGCCUAGUCUUCUCUACUCGAUAUGAAAUGAAAUCUUUAUAGUUCACUCACAGACAGAUCUGGGGCGUGGAGAUAGACAACCAGUAAAGUUAUAUUUGUCUGCACUUCGAUAAACGUUCCACUUUAAUUCAAAAAUAUUUUUGGUCGAAAAAUUUUCGAAUAAUAAUUUUUGAGACAUGUAGAUCAUUUUUUUGCUCCAUUGGAGAGAAAAAAAAGCAAACGAGCUAAGUUAACUGUUUUGUCAAGUUUCCUCGUUACAACACUAAGUAACGACUAUUCUGUGAUGGAGCUAUAAUUAUUUCAUCUCAUUUAUUUGUAAAUCCAAAUUUUUUUCUAAGAGUUUAUAGUUCGUUUUCGGAUGUACUGUUUCAGCUUUACGUAGUUCAGAUUUUCAUAAAAUGCUGGAAUAUGCCAAGAUAUCAUAAAAAAAAGCUUCAGCCUUUUCUAUCGAAGUUUUCCCUUGACCGUUUUUGUGUAAUAAAUGAAGUCGCUGAUGAUUACAGCUGAAAUCAACCAAGUGGAAGCCAGAAACUCGUUAGAUUAUGUUUUGCAAACAAAGAAUCGGAAAGAACAAUUAGUUUUUGCCUUUUGGCCUGAUGAGCACGUGACAGGACGUCGCUGUCGUCUAUACUUUGAGUGUUCUCAGUUUCUUCGUAUCUUCUUGGUCCGGACUAAAAACAAAAUACUCUGUUUUCCUAUUUUUUUCAGUCGACACACGAAAUUCGAAUCCUUUUACAAUGUAUCAGCUGUUGGAAACGAUCGAAGGAUAUGUUCAAAAAAAACCAAGAGACAAGAGCUUGAACUGCAAACUUCCAUUUUCGAUCGUUUCACACAAAGUGUGAGCUGUGCCGUAACUGCUUUUCACUUUGAAAUAAAAAUCAUUUCUUUUGGCUCGAUUUUCUUUUUGUAAAAGAAGGAAACUUGUACUUAAAAUGUGCGCUCACAAGUAUUUUAGAAGACUUUUCUUUGGCCAUGACGAAUGGAGUUGUUUAUCAGGGUUUGUAUCACAGACCUCAACUUGAUAGAACCCAGUGGUUGCUUUUUUUUCGAAAAAAUCUUCGAACAAAAGGAGUCGAUCACUCAAGCUGGUUCUUCACUUUCUUAUCGCACGCCUCUCAAAAUAAAACGCAUCUUCCCAAAAAUAGCCUGGACGUUGAACAUUAAAAGUUGCGGUUGGCGAAAACAGGCACUUUUUGUUGAUGUCCUUGAUAAGCCUAUUACGAACCGUUUUCUAUUUCGUUUACAAACACUAGACAAUGAUGUGACUAAGACAAACAAAAAUAAUAAAUACAGUUUGAACCUUUAGUGUUGCAAUUUUCAGGCGUUCGAUUUCGUUUUAGUUUUCGUAGUCAUGUGUUUCGGGAUGAGAAAACAUGAGAAAAAAUUUUUUCCCCGCUAAAACGAAUCGAACCACAGUUUCAAAUGAAAGAAAAAAGCGAAAGUUAGCUUAAGUACUAUCACAGUAGACUAAAGCAAAGGGAACUGAUAUAUUUGGUUCAUCUGCGGACUGCGAUCUCCCUAGAACGAGUGUUGUACUUCCUCUAGAAUCCACAUCAAAGAAGGAACAGUCGAGUUCAAAGUUCUAAGAACGAUCACGAGGCCACUCGUCGCGAAAGAUCUCGAUUCCUCCAGCAGCUGGUCGCCGCCAUCUCUUUUUGCACGAUUUUACGAUUCUCACCUCUGAAGAACGAUCAUGUCGUUGCAUAAUCGGAAGGCUAAUAGAUUGAUAGAAAGUCUCUGUCGUCAAGUUUUUAAACUCCCUUGGAUCUAGAGUUUUGAUAAUAUGUCUCUCAAAAUCAUUAUUGCCAAUUCUUGAAAAGGAAACGAGUAUUCGGAGCGAAAUGGACUUCAUAAAUUGUUCAAUGCACAAAAAUCCUUUCAAACAAGAAAUUAGUUUUUGAGUUUCAACCAAGAAUUUAUGACGUCUCGAUGUUUUUCGUUUUUGCUGUGAAGUACAUACUUAUCGUAACAAAAAUCAGUUGAAAACGGAGGAAAAGUGGCAAAAUUGGAGGAACUUCAGAGUUUAACGCAAAUUCUUACAGGUUCUGGCCGAACGAGGCGGUGAAACGAGGCGCGUCAAAGCGGGACAGGACUUCGAGUUGCGUCGAGGGGUCAACGGAAAGUCAGUCACAUUAUAUCAGUGAAGAGAACGCAACUUUAAUCCGGAAAUAUAGAAAAAUAUAGAAUAAGGAGAAAAAAACGGAAAGUUUUUUUCAGCAGUUUCAAAUGAAACGCCAAAAAGACCUAUAGAGGUCAGAUUUUUUAGUUUUGUGAAAGGUACUCAUGCCGUGUUCAAAGUUAUCUUUUUUAUAAUUAUUCCAGUGGAGAACCUUCCAGAUUGACCUUUUUUCAUGGUUUACUGUUUUCUUUUUCAGCACUUCAGUUUUGAUAAUUUCAUUGAAUUUCUAUUUAAAUCAUUUUUUUUUCCUUAAAGCUUGCAUAGAAUGGCAUUUUUUCCAGUAAAGUUUAGAUAUGAAACCUUUCAUAUUGCGCCGUUAUCAUUAGCGAGCUCACUUUUACUUUCGUUUAAAUGUCAAAUCGGGUCGACUUAUCUUGUUCUAAGCUCCCAGCUAUGGUUUUUUUCUCUCGAUGUACGACUUUCGUCUGUCAGAAAAGGUUUAUCGAACGUGUAUAGUGUAAUUGAUGUACUUUGAUUCCAAAAUAAUUCGGUUUUUUUGUAUUUGUUAGCCAAGUAUUUGGUACAUCUUUUUGUUUUCAAACCCAACGAGGAGCAAAAAAAGGUUUACAGUUUAGAUUGUCAGCGCAGAGACUUUAGAUUUCACGAAGUUCUGUAAUCUUUUUCAGUAAAAAAUUUAAAUUUUCACUCACACUAAACAUUUUAAAAAUUUGAAAGAUCUCGGAAAAAAAUAGUUGAAAGCUUCUUUUGAUUAGGUUAAUUCACAGUUUUUUUAUCGUUUUUUUAACUGCAUAUUUUAUCCAACAAUCAUCAUGAAACCUACUGAAACAGAAUCGAUUUAUUUCAUAGCAUUUAUUUCCAGAAUUACCAGGAAUAAGCAAUUCCUAAAAGUCUUAUUGUUCAAUAUACUGUUUUAAAACAUCGUCUGUAAGAGAAGUUGAUUUUGAACGCAAAUCUUUUUUGCAACCAAUGUUCGAACGACAAGAUGAAUGCUUUGAAAAACGCUUUAUGAUCAAUGAAAAAAAAAUAUAUAUAUAUAAUUAGCACCUGUGAGGUCAGUUUUUUUGAGACUUUGAUCAUACUCUUAUCUGGAAUAGUCGAAAGUUCUUCAAAAAAAGCAUGACCCGCUCCACCUGAAAUUCUGAUGGUUUGGACUAUAUAUUGUGCACACAACAGAGAAAAAUGCAUUAUCUCACGGGUGUGACGUCAGCUGUCAAAACAAGCGUUUUGGUGGUUUGAUCUACGGACAAUUGAUGUGGGCGAGGUUUGACCCAACCUCGGGUUGAUCUCCCCGUCCCGAGUUGAUCUUCUCGGUCCGAGUCCUCUCAAGUUUCUCCUUCCAAUCCUUUUUGGCCACGGAGCACAGUUUGCUCUUAUGUAAUCUUAUCAAUCGCCCGGAACGUUUUUAGAUCCGGUCGGCUCCAUUCAAUUCCCGUAUUGAUUGCUACUUUUGAGGCGGUAAUUAAUUUUUUUUUUCAGCGUAGCAUAGCGAUAAAUAAGAGAGGAGCGUUUGGAUGUAAUUUAAUAGGCCUUAAUUUUCACUAAGUUUUACAUUUAUGAUUUAUGAAAUUUCAUAAAAUUAAUAUUUUUUGGUUGAUAGCAGGGGGAAAAGUAUUAUCUCAAUACUUUUCAAUUGGACCUUUUUUUGGAAGCUUUUCGUAUAUCCAUUGAUGAUUAAGCAGAAAGAUUCUUGCAGUUGAAAGAUAAAUCUUUUCUUUUUAAAGAUGCUUGUCUCUUUUAGUUCAAAAAACUUCCGCAUUCAAAAAGUUUUUGCUUGAAACAUUAAUAUGUUGUUUAAGUUUAUGCAUCACUCGCUCUGAAAAAGACUCCUAACUCUUGUUUUCAGUUUAUAUACAAUAUUUUUUUUCAAAGCAUUCUCGCCACUUAUUUCCGAUUUUAUAAUCAAAAUUGGCGGCUUUUUUGUUACCAUCACAUGCGCAUACUGACCACGCCUACACCUUGUUCUCACCCCGCCCAUUUAGACGCUCCGCCCCCUUCAGCCUAAACUUUCUUGCCUAGGCCAUUUUGUACGUUGAUUUAUUCUUCGCGGCACAUCUGCCGUUCAAAAAAAAAUAUUCACUUGUAUACUUCUGUGAUCGUACAUAUAUUUGUGGAAAAUAAUUCGUAACUUCUCUCUUCUUCUAUUUUGAAAGUUCUGCAUCUGACAAUUUCUUCGAAUCUCUUGAGGUGGUUGAUGAAAAGUUCGUAGAGUAAAAAUUCUGUUAAAGAUCUUCUCCAAUGUUGAUUGUAUGCUUUUCAUCUAUUCAUCCUUCAGAAACCUUUUGAAAUCCUAUUUUUGAUCUCUUCCCUCAAGUUUUUCUUGCACAGUAGAUCAUGAAGAACUGCAACCAGAUUUUAUGUGGGUUAUUUCUGCAAUAAUAUGAGUUCCGGUUUCAGAACCCGUCACGAAACAUUUACCGCACUGGACGGCUCAGUACACAUCCUCAAAAUGCACGUCGAUCAACUGUGUAAAGCCCUUGAUACGACAGAUUUGGACGACGAGAUUCGUCCCAGAGCAAGGUACCUUUUUUGAAACUUCAGAAGAAAAAAGGAAUAUAGGCGUAUCGUUGCUUUUCAAAAAAAAAUGGUUUGCAAAUUAUGCUACCCUCUUCAUAUUUCUUACAGCUAUGUUUUCUUUUUUUUAUAAUUGUCUCAUUGGCUCGCCAUAAAUGAACAAGGGUAAUAAAAAGUCUUGUUUUAUCGUUAUUUUAGAAUUGAUAUAUAUAUGACGCUAAGAUUUUAAAAAAAUAACAAGGAAGUAGGAAGUCGCCAAAAACGGUCUUCCCCGCAUAUCAAAAACAUUUUGGUCUAUAUUUUUGCCAGACAGUGGAAAAACAUUCGCUUUUGAACCCUUAACACUUGCCAAUAAUCAAAAUCAGAAGUUCACGUGUCUCCCCAUCAUUCAAUUCCACUCUAGUUUAUAAACAACUUUCGAUAGUACCGACUCAGCCUCAAAAACUCAACAUUUCGAACUGUUUACUGUUUUUUUCUGUAUAAUGUGACGUGUGGCAUGUUCUUCUAUUUUAAAAUAAUUUCGGUUUCUUCCGGGUUAUCAGAAGAACUCAAUCGAUUAAAAAUCAUAAGUUAUCGAGUUUUGUGAAGAAGGUUCUUUGAAAAUCCAACUUUUUAGCCUUCAUUUUCAUAUUUUUUUUUUAGAAUAUUUAUAAAGAAGAAUUUGAAAUCUCGAUAAUCGAUCAUUGAGAUAAAUACUAGCAAGUCACGAUCAUUAUUGAUUUUUUUUUCUCCACUUCUCCCGGAGACCGAAGUUCGAUCCAAACCGCACCGGAAUGUGCACAAGAGAUAGCCCAGAAGAGCGUCUGGGAAAUUGAAUAAACACGACGAUUUGCUCCGAUUCACGUGCAUCUCUCUGUGUGCGCGUUUUAAAAGACCUCAAUCAUGUUCCUUCGCUUUUUAUCAUGAGAAAUCAACAAUUUCCCGGGACAAACAACACUUUUGAGGCCCUUAAAGCAUGUUUACGAGAUGGUUUUGAGCCAAAUCCGCGUGCUCGACAUCCUCCGUCGUUUGAUUCUUUCAACUUCUUAGGAUCGUACGUUUUUUGUUGUAAACUGGAGGAGCCUUGGGUUACACAUGACUCACCGCUGUACGUUUUUUCUCCUGCCAAAAAAUACUUUUCUUUUUUUUGAAGUAGAGAUCCAUUUACAAGUUGUUUUAUUUCACAUCCGAAGCUUUAUAAGGGAAGUCUAUUCCGCUCAAUAAGCAAAAGAUUGCCGAAGAAGCUCAAAACGAUGAGUAACAUGGGAAAUCAACUUAGAUUAGUUUCUCAAAUGCUCUGCGCUACUCUAAAAUAUCAAUAGUGAAACGAGUGUUCGCAGUGCUGAGUCGAAUUCCGGUCUGCAUUUAAUCUUUCCUCAAACUCCGGACAAAACGACUGAAAAACCAUGAGUUGAGCUGCUUCUGGGCUGAUGAUAAACAAAUAGGCGAGACAAAGGGACGCCAAACCCAAACAUUUUCCACGAUGGGCGAGGUCAAAAACGGGUCUCCGAAGUUGGUUGUAUAAUGCGAGUGUGCGUAAAUCAACAGAUCAAACUGCCAAAAAAUUAUGCGAAAAAAAACGAAGUUUUAAGCUUUUAGCUGAACAUAUGAAGGUCUUUAAAGACAAAAAAAUAUAUAAAACUUUGGAAAAAAAAAAUAGUUAGUGCGAUAACGACGGUUCGAACCUGUAAGUUUUCAGCGUGGCUGCGCUCGACGAUGACGUGGAGUUGGGACAGCUGAAACGCGUCGCGACCCUCGGAAUGGGCGGAUUUGGACGAGUGGAACUCGUCAAGUCCAGAGACCACGUCUACGCCCUAAAGGUAUCACCUCCCUCUUUCACAAAUCUCAUCUCGGCUGUUUGGUUUCAGAUCAUGAACAAGGCUCAUGUCGUCGAGACGAAACAGGAAAAUCACGUCGUCUCUGAACGUCGGAUCCUCAUGUGCUGCGACUGUGACUUCAUCGUCAUGUUCGUCUUUUCGAAGAUUUAAUAAUAUCUUAACAAAAUAUGAAAUUUAAAAAAAAAGUUGCAAAAGUGAUCUCUUACAGUUCCUGGUUGAACAUACAAGUUUUUUUUUCGCAACUGACUUCCUUUUGAGAUAGUUAGGUUCAAAGCUCUCAAAGUCCACAAAAUAGAGGAAAAGUGUCCGUUGAACUUUUUGAAACGGCGUAAUUCCAAAAAAGAUCUAUGGCAGAAAAAGUUCUUCUUGUUUCUUUUUCGAAUUGAAGACUUCGAAAAAUUGAUUUUAAUAAACUUUCAUCAAAAACUAGAACCAGAAAAAUUCAACGGGAACAUUGAGAUUUUUGCUCUUCUGAAGAAGUGGUUUUCAUUAAAUUAAUUUUCUUAGCUUUCUACACUUUAAUUAUGCCCUACACUCUUUGUAUUGCAAUUUGUGCAAUCAUGUUUCUCAGGCUCUACAAAACUUACCGGGAUCCUGAAAAGAUUUAUAUGCUGAUGGAGCCGUGCCUCGGAGGCGAAAUCUGGACGAUUCUUCGGAAAAAGUUCGUUUGACCGGUGUGGACUUUCUUCUCCACUCAAACUGAAGUUCAUCGAUCUUCUCCUUCAGGGGCAAAUUCGACAACGACCUGACGCGGUAUUACUGCGCCGGCGCGCUGGAAGCCCUCGAAUACCUGCAUCGGAAGUCGAUCGUCUACAGGGACCUCAAGCCAGAGAACAUGCUGCUCGACCGGUUCGGAAACCCGAAACUCGUCGACUUCGGCUUUGCCAAGAAACUCAAGAACGGCGGCCGGACGUGGACUUUUUGCGGCACCGCCGAAUACGGUUCAUUUUGAGUUCAUUCCGAAAUCCUGGAAAACAAGAUACCUUGGAACAUAAUUUUUUCUCAGACAGUAGGAAUGAUAAUUUUUUUUUCUCGAAUUUCAAAUUCUAUUGAGUCAAGAAUGAAAAAAACAAAAACAAAGAUUUUACUAUUCAGUUUUUUUUUCUCAAAAGUUCGGAAGACUGUUAUUUGGAUUCCUCGAAUUCCUUUCAUAAACUAUUGGACUUAAACUUAUCAUCAGUUUAUUUUUUUGGUUUUUUUUAUUGGAUCUUUUUAUACACAAAGUCUUUUUUUAGAAGUUCUUUUACACUUUUGAGUAAGAAAAACUUUUCGCCGAAUUUUUGAUAAGGCUCAUCUUUUUUUUUCCAGUGGCUCCGGAAAUCGUCCUCAAUAAAGGUCACGAUUUGUCCGUCGACAUCUGGGCCCUCGGAAUCUUCAUGUGCGAACUUCUGACUGGAUCGUUAGUAUCUUUCAAAUUUUAAAAUACUGGCCAAUUUGAAAAAAUUCAAUUGUACAUGUAGGAAAAACGGCUUCUCAGAAAAGCAAAAGCAUGAUUCUCAUAGGCGAUAACUAGACCGAAAUACCACCAGAAAGUCGUCAAAUUAGAAAAUGAUUAAUCACUCAACUUAUACGUCUUUUCAUAUUCUAUUUCCAGACCUCCGUUCUCGAGUUCUGACCCCAUGAUCACCUACAACGCCAUCUUGAAAGGCUUGGAAAAGUGGGCGUGGCCAAAGUAAUAUUUUUCCCGAUCAAGCCACUGACAAAAUCUUUUCUUAAGGUUCAUAACUAGGGAUGCGAUCGACAUGAUGUUGAGUCUCUGCAAGUACGAAGCGACCGAAAGAUUAGGUUACGGUAAUAUCGACGACAUCCGCAGCCAUCCCUGGUUCGACGGAUUCGACUUCAUCGACUUCCGAGAUCAUCGUCUGAAACCUCCCUACAUUCCAGCGGUGAGAUUUUUUUACCAUUAGCCCCCCGAAAGUUGGUAUUUCUCCCAUUUUGAAACGCUCGGACUACAAAGUCUGAAGAAGCGUCGCGGUUGCGCUGCGGCCUAGAGUUCCAGAAGCCGUUAGAGCGUUUACCGAAAAAACGAAAAGUUUUUUUUUCGCUAUUUUCGAAAUAAGGUUGUUGUACCCUUAUUUCAGUAGUCUAUACAGAAAUUUUUUGCCUUGAUAUUUUUUAUUAUAAACAAAAGUUUUCAUUCAAAGUUUUAAUUUCUCAAGUUUAGGUCCAAUCCGAGUUGGACGUCUCUAAUUUCGACAGCUUUCCGUCUUUUGACAAUUUCGCUACGGGUACUGAUGAAACCGGUUGGGACACCGAUUUCUGA